GUGCUGCCAACGCCCCGGCGGAGAAGCUGAGGUGAGUGCGGGGCUCGAGCUUCCCCGCGGGAGCAGCUCCCGUACCGUUCCGUCCCGGUCGCGUGGUCGGUGGCAUCCCUCGGUUCUCGUGGACACUAGAGGACAUCUAAUUUGAAGUAUUUAAAGUGGAUACAGAACUAUUUCCGAAAUGCAGACGAUUAAGUGUGUUGUUGUGGGCGAUGGUGCUGUUGGUAAAACAUGUCUCCUGAUAUCCUACACAACAAACAAAUUCCCAUCCGAGUAUGUACCAACUGUUUUUGACAACUAUGCAGUUACAGUUAUGAUUGGUGGAGAACCAUAUACUCUUGGACUUUUUGAUACUGCAGGGCAAGAGGAUUAUGACCGACUACGACCGCUGAGUUAUCCACAAACAGAUGUAUUUCUAGUGUGUUUUUCAGUGGUCUCUCCAUCCUCAUUUGAAAAUGUGAAAGAAAAGUGGGUGCCUGAGAUAACUCACCACUGUCCAAAGACUCCUUUCUUGCUUGUUGGGACCCAAAUUGAUCUCAGAGAUGAUCCCUCUACUAUUGAGAAACUUGCCAAGAACAAACAGAAGCCUAUCACUCCAGAGACUGCUGAAAAGCUGGCCCGUGAUCUGAAGGCUGUCAAGUAUGUGGAGUGUUCUGCCCUCACACAGAAAGGCCUAAAGAAUGUGUUUGAUGAAGCAAUAUUGGCUGCCCUGGAGCCUCCGGAACCGAAGAAGAGCCGCAGGUGUGUGCUGCUAUGAGCGCCCUCCAGAGCCUUCUCUGCAAGCUGGUGUUGUCAUCAUGCUAAAAGCAAUGUUUAAAUCAAACUAAGAUUAAAAAUUAAAAUUUGUUUCUGCAAUAAUGACAAACGCCCUGCACCUACCCACAUGCUCUCGUGUGAGACAAGGCCUGUUGGUACGGGCCCUGCCCUCCCAGUACUAGUUACUUUUGAAUAAUUGUGUAUUGUCUGAAAAGUGAUGAGUACUAGUUUUUGUUUUGUUUCCAAAAAAAAAAAGAAAAAAAAAUGUUUUUGUUUUGUUUCGUUUAAAAGCAAGGCAUGCUUGUGACGACUCUGUAACAGACUAAUUCCAGUUGUUAAAGCUGCUCCCUGGUUCCAUUUUAGAGAGUAUCUGGGACAUCCUAGUGGUCCCCCCCCUUCUCUCCUUUUUUUGUGAGAGAGAAGUGUGUGUGUGUGGGGGUUGUAUUUUAGUCUUGUUUUUUAAAUUCAUUAACCAGUGGACAGCUCUUAGGGGAAGAGGACAGAUUAUUUCCACAUUCCACUUCCUAGGUCUAGUUUAGAAAAUGUUCCCCACCUGGUGCUCUUAGGAAGGAGUAUAGACAUGCCUCAUUUAAUAACAUACUCCUUUUUGAAAGUUGCCUUUUCUCUCCACCUUGAGUGGAUCCAGUCUUUGAUGAAACCCAUGAAGGUGGGUGGAAGCUGUCCCCCUCCUCUUUCUAGGAUGCACUCUGUAUGUGACUGUGACUUUCAAGGAUAUUUGUUUGCCAUUUGUUGAUUUUUUUUUUUUUUUUUUGGUUUGGUUUUUUUUGGAGGGAGGGUAUAAUUUCUAACAACUUUUACUGAUAAAAAAAAAAGUAUUGCACCUUUUAAAAAAAUACACCAAAUGGAUUGUGUUCCUAAUUUAAAAAAGUUUUAUUUUGCCCCUGUCAGUCAUUUUCUUAUAUGCUUAGGAUAGAUUUGCAGUACACUGUGUGGUGUUUCUAGAGCCCAGCAGAAGACCUGGCACAUAGGUUCCUUUGAGGGUGGUACUAGAAGACAGACUCCUUUGGAUUGCCAUGCUCUUUUGGUGACGAGGUUACAGGCCUGCUUCGUUAAGAAGCUAGAGGCUUGUGAAGGUGGGGAAUACCACAUGGGCAGCAGGCAGGGCUAGCCCCCUUUUCCUGCCAUGUAUCCCUUGAGCACCUGGCUGAAGCUCUUGUUUAAUAAAAAUCAUGUCAAGAAUCUUAGACUCUUUAUAAGUGUUACUAGGGAUUUUACCAGAUUCUUUGUUUGUGGGUUCCAGUUUUUAAAAAUGUUUGGGUAAUCUCCACCUUCUCCAAGUCCUAAUUCUUGUAGAUUCAUUAGUGUCGACCCAAUGCUUUCUCAUGUCUCAGUUCUUUGUAUAUGCAUUCUUUUCAGAUGUAUUAAACAAACAAAACCCUUCACAA